CCCCGUGCGUGAAAGACGUGUUUCUUUUAUCCGUCUCGUUAUCAGGUUACAAGCUAAUGAGUUUUCUAUCAGAUGGGUGCUAAACGUGAGAACACCUUGGUAGUAGACUUUAGGGUGCUGCCGAAGCGACCAGAUGCAUCUGCCGUACAGAAAUUCAUGUACGGUGAGUUGAAACUGGACAUAGCGGAUGCCUUAAACAUCCAGUUUCACAAUGUUAGAAACUGUGUCUACGUCGAGAUGGUAGAUGCAGCCACAGCCAAGCGCUACUUUGCAUCACACCAUCUACAACACACUAUGCAGUGCGAGGAAAAAGCUUACAAAAUUCCCGUGUUCGUGGAAGACGAAGCCGUUAACGUGAGAAUCCAUGAUCUCCCUCCGAAAACACCUAACACGGUGAUUAUAGAAAGUAUGCGACCAUACGGUACUAUUCUUUCCAUCAGCAGAGAAAUGUGGAAGAAUUAUUUUCCCGGCAUCUACAAUGGAGUACGUGUAGUACGGAUGAAACUCAAACAACUCAUUCCUUCCUAUCUGACGAUCGAUGGUGAGACAACAUUGAUUACAUAUCGCAAUCAAGCAAAAACCUGUAGGUUCUGUGGACAAAAGGCUCAUCCCCGACAAAAGUGUAAUAGCUCUACAUCACGCAUUACUGUCAAUGACCCUACAGACGCAGGAAAGGUCACAAACGAUGAAAACAGCGAACAAACAUUACUCGAUACCAAUCAAACCCAAUCUACAAUAGGCGAAACCAGCAAAAACACCCAGCACCAACACUCCGAUGGAAACAAUAGCACACAAGAAUCGACGGAUAGUGAAUCGGAUGAAUUUCUAACCGUCACCAACAAACGAAGGCUGUCAACGAAACAAAAACACAACAAUGCGAAACGAUAUGUUACGAACCAGGGUUGCCAGAAUGAUGAAUCAGCAGGAAAUGAAAAUUCGAUGAAAGAAAAAGAAGACGAAUUGUCAGUUCCGGACUCACCAGUCAAGACGAGGAGCAAAAAUAAGCAGCUAGGAAGAAAGUGA